UGCAAGUUUCAUAUGUGCGCAGUAUUUUCGUCGAAUAUAUCAACGGUCACACCGAUCAGCAGCAGAUAUUUUCUUGCAUAAAUGAACAGCGGCUGGCAAUAAUACGCAGCAAAAUGCUCGACCUGUGAAAAUCAACUGAAUACCUUCAUUCACCUGGCGGGGGUGUGUAUGUGUGUGUGUGUUUGUGGGGGAUGUUAAGUGAAUCACAWUCACAAUCACACAAUUAAAAAAACGCUGCAAAAAUGUACCAAAGCGCCUGCAAUGCAGCCACAACUGGCUCGUGUGUGCCCGGUGCUGGCAAUCAAAUGGAUACCGAUCGUCAGGCGGCACUGAUAGCCCAACARCCACCCACAGCGCCCGUGGAGCCUGACUACAGUGGCUUCGAUAUCGUUAAGGCCACACAGUAUGGUGCGAUAGCACGUGUCCGGGAGCUGGUCGAAUCUGGCUGGGAUGUCAAUCAGCCUGACAGUGAAACGGUSACGCUMCUCCAUUGGGCAGCCAUUAACAAUCGCAGAGAUAUUAUACGAUAUUUUCUGGAAAAAGGCGCCACUGUGGAYGCCGUUGGCGGUGAACUCAACGCUACCCCGCURCAYUGGGCCACACGGCAGGGUCACCUGGGGGCUGUUGUGCUGCUCAUGGCGGCAGGUGCAGAUCCGCGCAUACGCGAUGCAGAGGGCUGCUCCUGCAUACACAUUGCUGCACAAUUUGCACACACUGCCUUGGUGGCCUACUUCAUAGCCAAGGGAGUGGAUCCGGACUUGCAGGAUCGAGGCGGCAUGACGGCACUCAUGUGGGCUGCCUGGAAGGUGAGUGAAGAUAUCGAUUAAAUCAAUUUAAAAUAAAAGAAAAUU